CGCAACAGACGAUACACCAUCCCAAGGUCUCGGUUUCCUCUCCGGUUUGGUUUCAUCGUCGAUCGAAACCCUCUCCCACUCGAAACCCCUGCGGCGAUCUGCAGCGCAUCCAAUGGCGUUGGACGGCCAAAAGAAGGUAACCCUGUUGAGCUCGGACGGGGAGGGGUUCGAGGUCGAUGAGGCGGCGGCUGUGCAGUCGCAGACCAUCCGCCACAUGAUCGAGGACGGCUGCGCCCAUAGCAACAUUCCUCUCCCCAAUGUCACCUCUCAGAUACUCGCCAAGGUGAUCGAGUACUGCAACAAGCGCGUCGACGCUUACGGCAGCACCGGCCAAGAUGGCGCCGCCGAGGGCGUGGAGGACGAAGGGUUCAAGGCCUGGGAAGCGGAGUUCGUGAACGUCGACCAGCCUACCCUCUUCGACCUCAUCCUGGCAGCAAACUAUCUGGACAUCAAACCGUUGCUAGAUCUGACUUGCCAAAGUGUUGCCGAUAUGAUUAAGGGCAAAACUCCAGCAGAAAUUCGCAGGUCUUUCAAUAUAAAGAAUGACUUUACACCUGAAGAAGAAGAAGAGAUCCGCAGAGAGAACCAGUGGGCCUUUGAGUGAUGUAAGGCCACUAUAAAAUCUGUCACUAUUUCCCACUUAGUUCGACUUGAUGUUUGCAACUCGAGAAACAUCAAUUUGUGGUUGGAGAUGAAUAGUUGCAAUUAGUGGACGUCAAUCUGUGGCAGCCACUUAGUUCUUAUGGCUGGACAGUAAUUGCAAUUUGUGACCUUCUUCCUGUUUGUAGUUGGAGAUGAAUAUGUGAAACUAGUAGGCAAUGCUUUUCUCGGUAAA